GGGGUGUCCUGAGCAGCCUAGCAGGGAUGGAGGGGGAGAAUGAAGAAACGAAGUAGAAGGAAUAAAGAAAGGGAAAGAGAAUGGGGAAAAAAGAAAAAGGAAAAUAAAGGAACUGACACUUACAGUCCUUAUAACAUAGGACCGGUCCAGUAUGAGUAUGCUACACCCGCAUGAAUACGACUUCGUUCUAUUAAUUAAAAAAACGCGCACAAACUGCAUUCUUGAAGUCGGCGCGUCUUUUCUCGCAAUAGCUGCGUCUUUUGAAAUUGGCGGAACUCUGUCUCAUGAAACUUGAUGGAAGCUUGAAGUCAGAAAGUUUAUCUAGAAAUGUAAAUCUCCAAUUUCAAAAGACCUCACGCCCUCUCCCCCGUUUCAGCCGCUCCUCAUUCUACCCUCAGUUAUGGCUCCAGAACAUCCGUUUACUUACUCAAAAGGUCAGGUUGUCGAUUAUAAGUAAUCUUUCCCGGCUGUUCAGCGGAUUUUCCUAUUCUUGCAUGUUCUACUCGUGCUUGAGAGAUUGUUUGCAGUUUGAGCUCAGCGUGUUUCAUCUGGAGUGGUCUGCUGAAGAGGAUGGCAUGUUUUCAUUUCAGAGUGCUUUCCAACUGGUCAGAACUGAAAAGGGCUCCACUUUCUCUUUCAAACACUGUUGGCAUCCUAAACAAACACUGAAUAUUAAGAUUUUUCAGUGGAAAAUCCUUAACAACAUCCUGCCUACUACUGAUAAUCUUAACAGGUUUCAAUUGGUGCUUAACCCUUCCAUUUGCCCUAUGUGUAGAGCCCAGGCCGACUCUAUGAACCACUUACUUUUUAAAUGCAAAGUGGCUCAGCCAAUUUGGAUUUAUUUCAUGAAAAUUUGUGGUAUUCCUAAUUUGAGCUUUGAUAAUAACCUGAGGCAAUUGUUUAUAAACUGGUGGCUACAAGCUGGGAGCAAAUCUGUCUUAGACUUGUUCAAACAUAAUUUACCAGGUAUUAUAUGUUGGCAUCUCUGGAAAGCUUACUCUGGCUUGCUAUGGGGUUCUGAAAAUAGGGUUCCUACAUCUGGUACUCUUAUAGCUCAAAUUAAAAGUUUUACCCAGAACUGGGCUUAUAGCUUCAGUAGGAUUAAGCUACGGGUGAUUGGGAACAUUUUAAUAGAAGAGAAGUUGAUUCCUCUUGACUUUCGACUAACGGGCACAAUCCCUAGAUUCAUCAAAUGGCAAAAACCUCAUACUCUGAAAUUAAACACAGAUGCUUCAUACUCACCUCAAGGUGCCUUCGGUGGUGUGAUGAUGAGAAACAAAGAAGGGCUCUUCAUCUUCGCAAUGUCUUUUCCUCUUCAGGCAAAUUUCGUGCUUGAGGCUGAAAUUAGGGCGGUGAUUCUUGCUACGAGGUGGGCGAUGGACGCUGGUUUCUCCUCCUUCCAGGUGGAAACCGACUCUAUGGCUGCUCUGGGUCAUUUAGUGGAACCUUACCGUGGGAGAUGGAGGGUUCCCAUUCAGGAAAUGUUGCUGGAUGCGAAUAGGAAAGGGGUUACUUUCAGGCAUACUUGGCGAGAAGCGAACGGGCUGGCGGAUAAACUAGCCCAACUGAACAUUUUUAAUGUUAUUGCAGAUCUGCCAGAUCCAAUCCGGAGAGCUUAUAUUAUGGACAAGUUCGGUAUUCCCUCUAUUAGGCUGUGAUUUUGAUUUGUGUUUUACGUGUAUUUUUCUUUGGGUCAGGUCUAGCCCCCCCGAAUUUUUUACUUCUUUUUUCCUUCGUUGUAUUUCUGAGAGGGUAUGCCCUCCUUGAAGAGGUUUUGGUUUGGUCCCCCUCUUCUCUGUAUUCUUUUGAUUAUCAAUAAAACAUGCCAAAUGUUCCCCGGCAUUUGC